GUUACACGUGUAUGUUAUGUUGCUGUGGAAAUACUUAUUUCUACAUGCAGCGUUGAACCUUUUCCCCGUUACCUGCUUUGUUACAAAGAUCUAGUCAUGGUUGUGAAGAAGAAAGCACCUAAAGUGGAGGCUGUAGCUUUGGAUGAUGUCAAGCUGAAGAGCCUGACAGAUUCCCUGUCUGUGGAGGGGGAUAGUAGAUCUACAGAGCUAGCUCGGGUUCUGAAGGACAGCUUACUGUCCUCUGACCCGGUUGAGCAGAUCCAGCUCAUCUCUAAGGCAGGCGUCCUGUUGGAGCAGUUGAGAGAGGAUGAGUGCACUAUGGGUCCUUUGCUGCAGGCUUGCAUGAGCACACUUGCGUUCCUGUUUACCACACUGCCAGCUAAGAACCCGCUUAAGAGAGCCGUAGCAAGUGCACUAGGAAGUGGCCCGGAUUGGCUGCAGGAGCAGACGGUGGGAUGUCUGUCUGAGAGCCUGUCUUCUUGUCUCUCCUCUACGAGCACAGAUCACUGCUCACACUUAACAGAUAGCAUCACUUCCUGUCUGGAUGGCUUUAAAAUCGGUGAGAAAUGUGUUCACCGUUUGCUAACGGAAGUGCUCCAGUUCUUCCAAAGGACAUUCAAUUAUUAUGUGGAGCAGAACAGGGGUUUGUCUGGUCGUCAUGUGGCCCAGGCUCAGCUGAUGCAGUCGUGUCUGGCAGCGGUGAAGGCCUCAAUGCUGGUGGUUCAGAGGUCUCAGGAACCCAUCACUACUGUAGUGCUUUCAGCUUCAGAUGACCAAUCUGAUCUACAUCAGGCUCUCAGUGGACUACUCAACUGCUAUACAUGUAUCUUGACUGAUGAAGAGUUUGUUCAGACGGUCCAGAGCACUGCUGGGAUGGCCGUUGUUUUGCUCAUUAGAUCUAUUAUUGGCAAUGGAGAUGAUGUACCUGUCAUAGUUGCGGGUCUUCUGCAGUGUUCAGUGGAUGCAAGCAGCAUCGCCCCUCAGUGGCUGAGACAGAGCUGCGCAGGUCUGUAUGAGAGAGGCAGGCCUGCAGCUGUGGCUCUGUAUUUGAGUCAUGGAGCUCUGGCUAUGCUCAGCUGGAGAGGAAAGACUCUUGGUCCACAGGCCGAGAAACUGCUGCUGCUCAUACCUGAAGUGCUCCUGUCUCUAGAUACAAGAGUGAAGGAGUCCAGUACGGUGAUGGUAGUGGCUCGGGUUUUGACACUUUGGAGUGGAGCUGCGGUUGACUGCGUCCAGGUGGACACACAUCCCCCUCUCCUUCGCUCGUCUCUAAUCGGAGGCUCUUCUCUAAUCGUACGCCUUCACCAGCACAUCUACGCCCACUGGGAGCACCCGCUGGACGGGGUUCGACACCAGACGUGCUCCAUGUUCCAGAACCUCCUCACGCUCCACCAGCACUGCAGUGGCCACAAGUCCGAUCCCACCGGUGACCCUUACAUCACCCAGCUCACCCAGGACCUUCUAACGCUGGAGUGGCAUAUGAAAGGGAAGUACGGCACACUGGGCUGCCUGGUGGAGCAUUUAGGAGCAGAGUAUUUACUCAAGCUUGAUGGGGGACUGCCAUCCAGGCUGCUGGAUCUGAUGGGGGAUCAGACGAUGGCACCAUAUGCCAGCGACCUUCUGGAGAAGCUGUUUGUCAGCCAUAAGGCCCAGUUGUGUGCACGGUUUAGGGAUGGGGAUGCCUGGAUAGAUGGGUGGCAUGAAGUUUGGGUGAGGCCUCUGCUGCAGGUACUGUGCACAGCCCGAUUGGAUCAAACCACUUAUAUACUGGACUACUUCCUGCCCAAACUGCUACGCUGCAACCCCUCCAGCCUUAGCCACAUGGUACAAGCCCUGCAGGAGAUGCCAGCUUGCACUGAGGGGUCAGCUGGCAGCAGAGGUGCGUUGGGGGCUUUGAUGACGUGUCUGCGUGCCGCCCGGUCUCAGGGAUACGUCUGGAAAAACACUACUUAUCACAAAAUGAACUCAAGAAAUAAAAAAAAAAAUAGGUCAGCUGGCAGCAGAGGUGCAUUGGGGGCUUUGAUGACGUGUCUGCGUGCCGCCCGGUCUCAGGGUGUUCUCAAGUCUGUGGAGGAGGAAUUGUGGGGUGGCCUGGUGCCGCUCCCACUAAUGCGACAGGCUCUGGUGCACAAACACGAUCAGGUGCGAAUGGAUGCUCUGGGUUUGCUAUGUGAGAGCCAUCGCAGCACAGAAACUCUGUCCAGACAGGAAAUAGAGCUGAUCCGCCACUUCCUGCCCUUUAAUCUAAACAGUCAGUCACCAGGAGUCAGACAGCAAACUGUCAGUCUGUUAAAGAAGCUCCUGUGUAGGAUGAAGGACGGCGCUCAGCUGCUGCAAAAGAAACUGGACCAGCAUCACAACCACAAAGACCAGCAAGUCUUCAACAUGUACCAGGAGUUUCUGUGCUGGUUCUGCGAGACUCUAUUCCAGGUGUUUCACCCAGGAGCCUCAUUCUCCAGGUGUCUGAUGGCUCUACACCUGCUGGGGCUGAUCGCUGAGCAUUUCACCUUUAACACAGGCUGUGGUUUUGCUCUUGGAGAGUCAGUGAGCUUUUCUCAUGCUCAAGCUGUGCUGUACUGUCUUGCAAGCAACUUUCUUGAAGUCAAACAGCUCGCCUGCAACCUCUUACAAAAGCUGCCCCCCGCAGCAGUGCGACUCCAGGAGCCGGAGAGGCUGCAGUCUUUGUUUCAGGUCGCUCUGGACCUCAGCACCAGCACCAAACCCUUCGACAGCGUCACUGCCGCUCAUCUUCUCAACCUGCUGCUGCACCAGCCGGGUCUGCAGGAUGCGUUACUCCGCUGUAUCCAGAAGCAGCACAUCCCUGUCCAGCCACCAGCACUGAUCCAGUCCCAGACGUCUGAGGCUGCCAGUCUGGAGCAGAACACCCUGGCAGGCUGUGGUUUUGCUCUUGGAGAGUCAGUGAGCUUUUCUCAUGCUCAAGCUGUGCUGUACUGUCUUGCAAGCAACUUUCUUGAAGUCAAACAGCUCGCCUGCAACCUCUUACAAAAGCUGCCCCCCACAGCAGUGCGACUCCAGGUCAGUGUGAAAGAGCCGGAGAGGCUGCAGUCUUUGUUUCAGGUCGCUCUGGACCUCAGCACCAGCACCAAACCCUUCGACAGCGUCACUGCCGCUCAUCUUCUCAACCUGCUGCUGCACCAGCCGGGUCUGCAGGAUGCGUUACUCCGCUGUAUCCAGAAGCAGCACAUCCCUGUCCAGCCACCAGCACUGAUCCAAUCCCAGACGUCUGAGGCUGCCAGUCUGGAGCAGAACACCCUGGCAGAGUCCUCUGCUGGCCUCCAGAAGAUCCUGCAGGAGAUUCAACCUCGUGACACAAACGAUUUUUUCACUAGUGCAAGAGAGCUGGACCCCAGUGAGAGUGACUGUAACGGCGAACAGAAAGAGCCAGAGAAUGCAGUUCAUAAACCACAAUCCUGUAACAGCGAGUCCUCUGCUGGCCUCCAGAAGAUCCUGCAGGAGAUUCAACCUCGUGACACAAACGAUUUUUUCACUAGUGCAAGAGAGCUGGACCCCAGUGAGAGCGACUGUAACGGCGAACAGAAAGAGCCAGAGAAUGCAGUUCAUAAACCACAAUCCUGUAACAGCGUCAGAAUCUAUAUACGGGCCCUGCUGUCCUCUGAGCCCAAAUCAUCCAGCUGUGGACUCCUGAAGAUGACCAUGAGAUCUCUGACAGCAUUGGCUAUGCCCUCUAAUGAUGCAGAUACUGAGAGCAGCUCUGUGCCACAGGUCCACGCUCUGAACAUCCUGAGGGCUUUGUAUCGAGACACUCGUCUGGGGGAGAACAUUGUGCCGUUUGUGUCCGAUGGCAUGCAAGCUGCUAUCCUGGGUUUCACUUCUCCUGUGUGGGCCGUGAGGAACUCCUCGACUCUCCUGUUCAGCACUCUGAUCACGCGGAUAUUUGGGGUAAAGAAGGGAAAAGAUGAGCACUCCAAAAAGAACAGAAUGACCGGCCGAGAGUUUUUCACUCGUUUUCCUGCCCUCUAUCCCUUCCUCCUCAGUCAGCUACAGGAAGCUGCAGCCUCUGUGAACAGUGAUUCAGGGCAGGUGAAGCUGCAUCCCAGUCUUUUCUUGUUGCUGUUGGUUUUGGGUCGUCUCUACCCGUCUCCUAUGGAUGGUUCAUCAUCUCCUCUGGGAUUAGCUCCCUUUAUGCCCUUAAUCAUCAGGUGUGGUCGCUCUGCAGUGUACCGCACGCGUGAAAUGGCCGCGAGAGCCCUGGUUCCUUUUGUCCUGGUGACCCAAGUUCCAUCCACCAUCCAGACUCUCCUGGAGGAGCUGCCUCAAGAAUCUGGACCAGGACUCCAACAAAACCACAUCCAUGGCACACUGCUUCAGGUGCUGUCGCUGUUACGUUCCUACCUGGCGGACACACACAGACCCCAAUCAGGAAAUGAGCAGGACUGUGACCUCUCCAGUGCCCUUUUUCCACGGCUGUGGCUCGCCACAAGGCAGAAUCCAUGUCUGGUAACACGUGGUGCGUUUCUAGACCUGCUGGGCUGUCUUUGUGGUUGUCUUCCUGUUCCUGUAUCAGAGUCACAGCUGAAGAAACUGCGCGAGGAAACUCUGCAGAUUCUUAUGGCCUCUGAACUUGUGGCCCCUCAGGGGCCCGAUGACAUAAACCUCUCAGUCCCUGGAGCCACACAGUAUCUGCAGAGUCUGGCUCACAUAGCCGUGAGCGUCUGUGUGGAAUCACCUCACCUGUGGGAUUGUCCAGAGUCUGCCGGGUUUCAGAGAGACCUUCUGGAGCGACUGCUGCGGUGCCUGCACUAUGAGGUUCGGCUGUUUGUCCUGGAUCAGCUCCUCAGGAGACUUCAGAAGACAGAGGAAGACUCUCAGCAUCGUGGUCAGGGACCCUUGCCCUUUGACCUCAGUGUGUCUAGCCUAACCUCCCUGGCCUUUCAUGAGACGUACCCUGGGUGUCAAGCCAAGUCACAGCUGAAGAAACUGCGCGAGGAAACUCUGCAGAUUCUUAUGGCCUCUGAACUUGUGGCCCCUCAGGGGCCCGAUGACAUAAACCUCUCAGUCCCUGGAGCCACACAGUAUCUGCAGAGUCUGGCUCACAUAGCCGUGAGCGUCUGUGUGGAAUCACCUCACCUGUGGGAUUGUCCAGAGUCUGCCGGGUUUCAGAGAGACCUUCUGGAGCGACUGCUGCGGUGCCUGCACUAUGAGGUUCGGCUGUUUGUCCUGGAUCAGCUCCUCAGGAGACUUCAGAAGACAGAGGAAGACUCUCAGCAUCGUGGUCAGGGACCCUUGCCCUUUGACCUCAGUGUGUCUAGCCUAACCUCCCUGGCCUUUCAUGAGACGUACCCUGGGUGUCAAGCCAAGUGUGGAGCUCUACUGUGCCGCUCUCUCCCUAACAUCUCAGCUGGUGCUGCACCUGGCCGAGUCAACGCCACAGGUAAGGAAGAAGAAAAGAAACAAGAGACAGAGGAAGGGAAAGAGUGA